AUAAACCUGGCCCAGCUCAUGCUGUUAUGGUCAAGGAGGUCUGGGGAUUUAACGCUCUUCUGGAAUGGCAGCCGCCUAAAGACAAUGGAAACUCUGAAAUCACAGGGUACACAAUUCAGAAAGCUGAUAAAAAGACAAUGGAAUGGUUCACAGUAUAUGAGCACAAUCGUCAGCCACGCUGCACAGUGUCUGACCUCAUCAUGGGAAAUGAAUAUUACUUCAGAGUUUACAGUGAGAACAUAGUUGGCCUCGGUGACACGCCUGGAGUCUCCAAGAACACAGCUGUCAUUGAGAAAACUGGCUUAAUCUACAAGCCUCAUGACUAUAAUGAAAUGGAUGUCUGCAUGGCUCCUAAAUUCCUUACUCCUCUUGUAAACCGCAGUGUAGUGGCUGGGUACAGCACAGCAUUGAAUUGUGCUGUAAGAGCUCAUCCAAAGCCUAAGGUUAUCUGGAUGAAAAAUAAAAUGGAGAUUAGAGAUGACCCAAAAUUCCUCAUGAAACAUAAUCAAGGGGUUCUUACAUUGAAUAUCCGCAAACCCAGCCCAUUUGAUGGUGGAACCUACACCUGCAGAGCCAUCAACGAGCUAGGUGAAGCUGAAGUAGACUGUAGAUUGGAAGUCAGAGUUCCUCAGUAAUCUCAUCUUGGAUUGAUAA